UAUUCUCAGAAUUCUGACUUUAUGGCGUGGGGUGGCGGAGGGAGAGUCAGUGUGGUGUGGUUUUGACCAGAGAGGACAUUACGUCGUCAACGAGUGACUUUUUGCGUGCCAGAGGAUUGCCGGAGGACAUCAUUUCACACUUGGAGGAGCAGGGGAUAAAGUGACUGAUGGAGGGUGCAACUCAACCAGUGCCUGAAAAGCCGGAUUUGGAUGACUUAAUCAAGCUAUGCUUUAGACUUGCAUUCAGCAACAAGGAAAUACUUGCAGUUUUAGCACAUAAUGCUCAGACUAUUAUAAGUAUUCGGACUCUGAAGAGAACUUGUAAAAGACUUGGUCUGUUCCGAAGAAAGAAUCAGUCGGACCUGGGAGAUGUGUUGGCUUUUGUCCAGCAUGAAAUCCUGACUUGUGGCCAGAUGCAAGGUUAUCGCUGGCUUCAUCUACGUGCGAUUCAAAAAGGAUUUGUUGUCUCACAAGAUACAAUAAGACAUAUUAUAAAAUUGGUUGACCCGGUCGGCGUGGAAUUAAGAAGAGCACGACGCCUUAGAAGACGCCAGUACAGCUGCAGAGGCCCAAAUGCUCUUUGGCACAUGGAUGGCUAUGAUAAAUUAAAACCCUAUGGGAUUUGCAUCCAUGGUUGUAUUGAUGGGUUUAGCCGGUAUGUGUUAUGGGCAGAGGCCUAUACCACAAACAAUGAUCCCAAGGUGAUUGCAAGUUAUUUUAUCAAAACAGUUUCGCGCAUUGGUGGAUGUCCAGAGAGGAUCCGUGCAGACGGGGGCACAGAAAAUGGUUGUGUUGAACAGAUGCAAUUGUGUUUGCGACAAAACCACUCUGACAAUUUUGCUGGGGAGAAAAGUUUUCUUUACGGGAGAAGUACUGCCAAUCAGCGCAUUGAAGGGUGGUGGUCCAUCCUUCGCAAACAGAGCGCACAGUUCUGGAUUAAUUUAUUUCAAACUCUUCAGGAGGAUGGUCACUACACAGGAGAUUUUCUGGAUAAAAGUCUUAUCCAGUUCUGCUUUCUUAAUCUUGUGCAGGAUGAGCUGGAUGAAGUUGUGAACACAUGGAACUCGCACAAAAUAAGACCAAGGUCGAACGGUGAUACAGCUUCAGGCCGGCCAGUCGUCAUGUAUUCAUUCCCUGCCAUGCACAGUGCCGAGGAUCGACUGAAACCCACUGGAAUGCAAGAUAUCACUGCGUGUAUGGAAGAGUGCACUCCAAAAUGCCAGUUUCCUUGCGAUGAAACUGUAUUUGAACUGUGUUGUCUGCUAAUGGAGGAAAAUGAAUGGCACGCUCCAUCAGAUCCAUUGCAUGCAAGUGACUUGUAUCUUAUGUUGAGAGAGGAAUUACUGAAGAUUGUUUGACAAGCGUAUUGAUGUAAUACAUAUAAACUACUCAGAAAAUAAUUUAAUCAGUAGUCUGUAUACUCAGUUACUAUGUUUUUUUAGUCUUACAAUGCCUUCUUGACCUUUAAAUAUUCCUUAAUGACCCAAAUUUUCCAGAAUAAUUCAUUGCAAAA